AUGGCGUUAACGCGCAACGCCCAAGCGAGUGCGAGUUCCUCUGAAAAUGUGCCAAGGUCAUCCUUGCCGGCAAUCGGCAUGCAGGACAACGUCGGCCGCGCCAUAGCCGCCAAGCUCGACCUGGACGCGGCCUACACCCCCUGCGAGGUGGUGAACUACGCCAUGAACAAGCUCGAGACGAUGGAGCGAACAAUGUUGGAGUGCGUCGCGCGGAGGUACAGCAAGGCGGCGAGGAUGCUGGAGAGCCAGGCGGUGAUCGGGGACACGGACAUGCGGCAGGCGAUGCAGCAGGACGCGCUCCGACAGGCCAGGAAGGCGCUGGACGACUUCGAGGGCGCCGACUCCACGGAGAUCGCACGAUUCAUCAAGAAGUGCAUCGUGGGCACCGACUUCGGGUCGUUCGUGACGCACCACUCCGGCUGCUUCAUCUACUUCGGCAUCGGCAACCUGGCCAUCUGCCCAAUAUGGACCCCAAACGAAGGGCCUAGCGAGCCAAGCGAGGCCCAGCGCGGGGCGACGUCCGGCCUGCGGCGCCUCCUGCGCACGGCCAGAGGAGGGCGCGGCCACCCGGGAGAAAUUCCGCCUCUCAGGAUGAAUUAG